AUGGUGUUAUACAAGAGAAAGCCUAUACUGCUUCCUGAUCCAAAGCCUCUACCAUUGGAUUUGAACGUGCAAGUAUGGCAUAUUGAAGAAACCGGAGAAUGGUUUCCUAGUUACGAAGAAUUUCUGGAUAGGUUUGAUUUCUAUACUCGCCACCAUUUUACUUGUGAAAUCACUGGUACUUCGUGCUUAACUUUUUUCCAGGCCUUGGAUAGUGAGGAAACACAAUUCAAAUACGUUGAAGACAGAUUCCCAUUGAAAUUAAGAGAACCCGUAGCACGAUUCUUGCAUUUCAACGGGAUAAGAAGAUUGGACGCAUUGGUGGAGAAGGUUUAUGCAAGGUUCAAAAAUGAUUUCUUCCCUGGUGAAAUUGUGUAUCUACGUAAGCAUAAAGACGCUUCUACAACAAAUUCAAAUUCACAACAAGGUACUCCCCAGCCUGAUGAGGUGCCUGAGAACAAUAACAGCAGCAAUCCUAACUUACCUCAGUACCAAUAUCAAAAACGGUAUAUUAUCAAAGAAAAAGUUCAAUUCAAUGCAACGAUAAAUCCAGAAACCAAAGAAAUAGCGAUGCCUGCCCAUACCAAAUACAUGUUGAUAGAAGAAUCUACCUGCAGCAAUAAAUCGUUUAUAGUUGACCAAGGGCAGAUUUACAGGGAUCGUUCUACUUUCACUAAACACUUAAUCAAAUGUUUUUUUAAGAUCACUUUACAAAGGGCUUCUUCAAAGAUGGGUGCACCUUGGUGCGUUAAACCUGAAUAUUUAGCAAUGUAUGGUUUGACUAUGGAUUGGCCGAAUGAUAUGCUAAAAUACAAAGAUGAUGAACCUUCCACCGUUGCAAAACGUUUGGAUAGUGCUAAUGUUUCACCACCAGAAAACGGUAAGAGUAAACGUCAAAGUAAAUCAUCCAAUAAAAACAAUGAGUCCAACGAUGAGCCCAAUAAAAAGGAAACCAAGAAAAAAAGGAAGCAAACUGAGGAAAAUGCUGCGGAAGAUACCCCCAUACAAGAAGAUAAAAAGAAAAGCCAAAAUAAUUCAGCAGAGAGUCAAUCUAAAAAGCGGAAAAAAGAACCUAAUGAUGAACCGAAGGCUGAAAAUGCCGAGGCUGUCCCUGCUCUGACUAACGUAGAACCCGUACCAGUAACAAUAACAAGUAUAAUGGAUGAUUUGGCAUUGCCAUAUCAGCAUCCACCAAGAAUCUUUCCAAACCUAACGUGUUAUAAUGAGAAAUUGGAAUGCGUUCUAGUUGGUUCUAUUGGAAGCUCCAAAUUAUUCACAUCUUUUGGAAAGCUAUUACAAGUUUAUCAAUUUUUGAACACUUUUGGCUCAAGGAUUUACUUAUCUCACUUCAGUCUUGACCAGUUCAUCACCUCUCUGAAAUGUACGGACGCAUAUGAGUUAAAAGGUGAAGUUGUCUAUGUAAACAUAAAGGCUCAAGCAACUGAAGAACGAGAAGGAAAGGGUAGCAGCUCACUCUUGAAAACAGAAAAAGAGGAAAGUGUUGAGGAACAUGCUGAAAAAUCAAGCAAUUGGCAAAGAAAUCCGUUCAUCCGUGAAAUGAUAAUGAAAAGAAAUUCUAAUAAUGUUGAAUACAAGAUUAUCCAUGACGAUCCAGCAACAGACGAUAUACUUGAUAAUGUCAAUCACAAUGGGUCCGCCUUACUCAUUGAAGUUUUUACUGCAUUAUUGCGUCUAUUUAUCAACGAAGAUGGUGAUUGGAACUGUAUUGUUGUUGAAGAUUGGGUAAUAGAUAAUAAAGGAGUACUGUCAGAAGCAAAUAAUUCUAGACAAGGGCAGAUGACGCAGCAGCAAAACGGCAACAGAUAUUUUCUGCAAGAUAGGGAAAAGCCGGAUAACUCAAGUCCCACACAAAAAGGAGAAAGACUUAUAGGUGACCGUAGUGUUGAAAGUGCAUCCAACUCUAAAUCUGAAUCUGAGGCUGAAUCUGAAUCUGAAGAGGUUGACCCUCAGUUGGAAAAGUGCCUAAACUAUCGUAAUGUCAACUGGAUAGAACGUCUAACAAAAAGGCAAUUUAAUAAUGGUUACUGGCUUAUAAUUCUAUUAGGUGUCUUGCAAGACAGCAGGCAUCUCCCUAUGUACACAGAGUUUAUUGACUUUUUCAUUAACAAAAUUGUACCUAAGGACAUAUCAGCUACUCAACUGCCCAAACAGCUUUGGAGGAAUUUUUGUCGAAAUUUUUCAUUUGACGACAAAACAAAUGCACUAUGGGUGCUCAUAGAUCUUGUAUCUCACUUCUCUCCUGAUAUAAAGGCAGCUGUAGAUGACUCUAUGGAAUUAUGUGGUCAAAUUCGUAGUGAGAGAUUUAAAGUUGCGAGGGAGCUGAAGUCAGAAGCAGUCGUAUUGGGUAAUCUUCAGAACGAGCUGCAGGCAAUUCAAGAGAAGUUGACCAAAAAAGACGAAAAUGCACAAUCUACUGAUAAUCUGGAUAAACAACAUGAUGUCGAAACCAAUAAUGAACUUUUGGAUCCUUCUGUCAUUAAAGAAAAGCAAGAGCUGACCAUGGAACAAGAAAAAAAAGUGGAAGCUCUACAAUCGGAUAAAAAUUAUCUCGACAACUGCCUUUUCGAAAACGAUUUGCAGAGAUUAAAACCGCUCGGCUUGGAUCGAUAUGGGAACAGAUAUUUUUGGUUGGACCACAAUGGUGUUCCAUGUCAUGAGCUUCCUGUUGAUAUUGAGGAGACGUCCAAGAGUACCAGUGAUUUCAGCUACCAGUCCGGCCGUUUGCUAAUUCAGGGCCCUAGAGCUUCAUCUGCGAAAUUCUUUUUAAAUGUCAGUGAUGAACAAUUGAGUGAUUGGCAGAAUAUCAGCAGUUCCAAAGGAGCAUCUAAGGCAACCAAAGAAGUGUUUGGUAUAUUCAAAACUGACUCCGGGUCUUAUAGUUACGUUGAAAACGGGAUAGAGACCGAAUUAUUGGAUAGCAAUGGUCGCGUAAACCCACUCAUUGAGUUGACACCGAUUCAAAAGAAAAUCAUGGAUGAAACUCCUUCAAGGCUGCUGCUGUCACCAGACCAAUGGUACUGUAUCGAUAAGUAUGAAGACUUGUCAAAAAUAAUAGAUUGGUUAGAUAACUGGGGUCGCAAAGAGCACGAUCUUUUAAGACAAAUCAGACCUGUACUACAGCGGAUUAAAACUUCCGUUAGCCUCCGCGACCAUGCAUUAUCAUUGGGAGCAUUUACUAAGAGCGAAGAAAAGUUGUUAAAGGAAUUAGAAAAUAAUGAGUUUACCGAAAAUGAAUUGAACAUUGACAACAUGGACAUUAAUAAUAACAAUAAAAAUAACAAUAAUAAUAACGGUGUCAAAAGUGAAGCUGAUAUUCUAGCUGAUGCGGAAGAGGAAAAGGAGGCUGCGUUGGAUGAAAAACUGGAGGCCAUUGCCGACGAACUUGUGAAACUAGAUGAUAGCUCCAAGACACGGAAAGUGCUUAAUAGAAUCCAAGAACUAGAAAACCAGAGGGACAAGCUCUUGGAACAGAAGAGAACAAUAAUAAAUUCUCAAAGACCAGGAGCAAGAAUUUUGGCUCGCUCGGAAAGGAAAAGAACCAAAGUCUCUCGGAGCAAUAAGUUGAAUAGACAGAUCGAAAUACUUACUGAUCUAAUCAAUUACAGACAUUUCAAGGCCAUGGAAGAUGUGAUAGGCUGGAAGAAUACAUUGGCUAAUUCGAUAUGGGGAUCUUCACUUCGCAAGAAUGCAUCAGGUAAUAAAAAAAAUGGCACUAUUGAAACGGUUGAUGACAAACUAAAAGAUAUAGUGGGCCAAACGUCUAGAACUGUAACACCUGCUCCAAAUUAA